CUGGUUUAAUAGGUUGACACCACAUACAGAGUAAGUGUACGUCUUGUACUAACCCAGGAGAUCCGUCUGCACUGUAAGACACUCCUUUACAAUCUUUGUCUUGCUCUGAUUUGUUUUCCAUCAACACUGCCUUGAAGCUGUUAACACAAUGGACAAAGCCACGGUGCUGACUCACAUCUUGAAGUCGAGGGGCGUGGAGAGUGUUCUUGGUGGACAGCUGCCUGCUAGUGUGAUAACCAACAAUAAAUACAUACACCCACUGGCCAGUGAAGACCAGGGGACACAUGAAAACUCGCUUCCCCUUGAGCGUGCCGUCUGCACAGCUCUGUCUGGUGAGAUCAAAGCAGUGACUCUCGUAGGUCCAGAGGGUUCCGGUAAAACAACUGCUUUGACAAAGCUUAUUGUGGACUGGGCAAACGGGGAACAGCUCCAAAACUUUUCUUAUGUUUUCCAUUUCCAGUUCAGGGACUUAAAUUCUCUUGAAGGUGCGCUUUCUUUGGAGGCUUUAAUCCAACAACAUCAUGUCCCUCCUGAGUCUGUGCCCUUGGUUCUCCAGAAACCUGAGAAUGUGUUGUUGGUUUUUGAUGACCUGAAUGAAUACAAACACAGCCUGGACCCCUCCGUUCAUACCCUCUGCUCCGACCCGAAACAGGCAGUCUCAGUGUCCUGUUUGGUGGCCAGUCUGCUUCACGGUUCACUGCUGAAAGGGGCUGCCUUUGUGGUGGCAACCAGGCCGACAGAACGCCUGAAGUUUCUGAGUAGUACCCAGGUUGAGGUGUUGGGGUUUCUGAAGCCACAAAGAGAAGCUUACUUUAACAGCUUCUUUACUGACCAUGCUGCGGCCAGCAAAGCACUAACACACAUGGAAAGGACUCUCGGCUUUUACGAUUUUUGUGCUGCUCCAAGAUUUUGUUGGACUGUUUGUUCCAUUUACAAGUCUCUGAUUGAUUCCGGAGCAAAACUUCCUGAAACUUUAACUCAGCUGUUUGUACAUAUCCUGGUGGACUUGCUUCGCAGGUUGUCGCUGAACGAGGCCUGUAGCAGAGAGCUGGUGUUGGCCCUCGGCAGGAUGGCUUCUCAUUGCUGCCUUGAGCAACACUCAAGCUGCAGCAAAGAGCAAAUGGAUUCCUUUGGUUUUCAGCAGUUCUUUACCUCAGUUGAUGCUUUCUUGCGAGUAGAUGGUGAGCUGGAGUCAGAUAAAUGUGUCUUCUCCUUCCACUCACAACUGAUGCAGGAGUUUGUCUUGGCUGUGUCUGUCUUUUUGGACAGGUCCACAUAUGAGGGUGUUGAGAAGAUGCUAGAAAGGCACAAAGACGGUGCAAACCUCAUAGAUUUCUUCUUGUCAGGGCUCUCAGAGCCAAUUCAGCGCAAACCACUGGAGAAGCUGUUGGGAGAGUUAAACUCUGACCAGAUCCAGAAUUUCAAAAGCUGGUUUAAAAGCAGCUCAGAGGCGGCAUUGAAGGGAUACAGUGAAGAGGAGCACUACAGAUGCUUCCAUCUGCUUCAUCAAACUCAAAAUGAGAGUUUGGUAAGAGAGAUCAUCACCCCCUCAACAGGAGCAGGCAUCAGCUACAGCAAGAUGAGCCUCCAGGACUGUGUAGCUCUGAAUUAUGUGGUCAUGUCCAUUGGCGAAAUGCAGAAAUUGAAUUUGUACAGUACAAAGAAUUUGACAGAGGAGAAGGCAGCAGCCCUAGCUCCAGCAAUGAGUCUUUCACACCUGAUAACGUUGUCACAAAGCUCCCUGAGUACUGGGGCUGUCCGUCAUUUGGCUUCAGCUCUCAGCAAAGGAGUCACCAGAGAGCUGGAUCUCUCUUACUCCUACCUUGGUGAUGAAAAUUUUAAACUUCUCUGUGCUGGACUCAGACACAGCAAACUGCACACAUUACAUCUUUCAGUCUGCAGCCUGAAAGAGGCAAGCUGUGAAGACCUGGGCUCUGUGCUGACCUCAGGCACGUCUCAGCUGUGCUUCAUAGACUUGGGGCAUAAUGAGAUCAGGAAUCAGGGUUUUGAAACACUGUGCAAAGCAUUGCAUAGUCCUCACUGCAAACUACAGGAGCUCCAGUUACAACACUGUGAGUUGACUGCACCAUCCAUGGAGUUCUUGUCAGCAGCCCUGUGUUCUGGUCAAUCGCAGUUGAGAAAAGUGGACCUGAUGCAAAACCAGAUUGGUGACAACAGUGUGGAGGCUUUGUGCAAAUCCUUGCAACAUUCGCUUUGUAAACUGCAGAGCUUCAAGCUGUACGAUUGUGAGCUGACAGGAGCUUGCUGUACUCAUUUGAAGGAGGCUUUAAUGUCAGAGCACUGCACUCUGUCAGAGCUGGAUCUAUCAGUGAAUGAGUUGGGCCAGGAGGGGGCACUGCUCCUCUGCCAAGCCCUGAGUCGACCGGGUUGUCCAAUAGAAAGCCUCGGUCUGACACGCUGUGAGUUAACUCUGCCGGUCUUCAAGGAACUGGGCUCCCUGCUGAAGAAUGGGACUUGUCGGAUUAAAUCCUUGCUUGUAGGUUUGAAUGACGUAGGAGACCAAGGAGUUAAACAUCUUUUGGAUGCUGUUGCACAUCCAAACUGCCGGUUGGAGGAACUGAAUCUGGAAAUGACUGAUUUGACGGACGCCUCCCUUGAAGACUUGUGUGCUGCUAUAAGAGCCAGUAAGACUCUGAAGGAGCUGGAGCUGAGAAACAACAUGCUGACUGAUGCUUCGGUCCCAGCUCUUGUCCAAGUCAUGCAGGAUAGCGACAACAUGCAAGAGAUGAACCUGAAGUAUAAUGAAAUCUCUGAAGACGUUUUUGACCUGAUGGAACAGUGCAGUAAAAUAAGAUACUGAAGAAGGCCCAUGAGUCCAUCCAUCUCACAGACUGCUGCAGGAUCCCAUACUGCAUUGAUGCAUUUUUCUGAUUAUUUGGUCUGUUUCCUGAAAAAUUGAAUCAUUUUGAUAGUUUGGUUGUUGAAGCCAAAAUGGUACCGAAGCACCUUCAGUGGGCCCAGUCUCUUGAAUAUAAAAACUGUUCCUUUUUUGGGGAUUUAUGUGAGAGUAAGAGAUGACUGUUUACUGAACCAGUUGAGCAAUUUGAUCAAUCUACAGUGAAAUUUCUUCUGCAGUCAAGCUCACCAUCUGCUACAUAAUAAAGAUCCGACAUAUUCAUCAGUGAAAUUAUAUUUUAUUGAGUAACCAUUUAGAUUUUAAAUAUUUUGAUAUUUGGUCUUAAAAGAUUACACGAGAAAAGGCAACAUAUUAAGUCAGGUAGAGGCAGUGAUUUGUUGUGCGGCAUUAAAAUUUACCACCAGUUUUUAAUAAGAAAACCUAUUGACUUGCAUAUACAUUAGCUUCAGUUGCUAACUUUAAGAACACCCACACACACUGACGCACAGACAGACCACACACAUUCUCUGUCUACUCCUGAAAGCAAACCACGAGUAAACGUCACACUGUAAACCUGACUCAAUCAGUAGGACAUUGCAAUGUCUGCAUGGAGUUCUCCUGUUUCCAAGUCCUCUCUCCACUCAAACAGCUUCGCAAAUCUCGCCUACUGAAAAAAAAAGUCUUUUCAGAAUGAAAGCCACACUGGAAGAAAGUUUCUCCUUUUGGUUAUCAGUGGUCAUGAGUUUCUCCAUUAAGGCCACUGCUGUGAUUGAAGUCCUUUGGUUUUAGGGUGCUUUUAUUGAAAUUGGAAUGAUUCUCCUCAUCUGAGCUGCUCUCUAUGUCACUGCGGUCAUCUUUGGACACCUGUAAUAGAAAACAAAUCACAAUGACAGUUUUAGUACCAUUAGAAUGACACAAGAGUUUUACAGUUACUAUUAAAACAAGACUAAAUAUCUACUCUCACACUAGCUGCUCUGUAAAUGUGUUGACAACUACAUCACUAACAUCCUGAUGUUAACCACGUGAUGUUCACGAUCUCAUUGUCGCAUGUUAUUGUGCCAACAUUUGCUAAUUAGUAUUAAACACAAUAUAUAGGUGAGGAUGAUAGGAAUGCCAUUCAUUUUACAGGUAUUUGGUCAGGGAAAGUCAUGAAGAAAUUGAGACUUUGCUAGAUAAUGAAGUAGAUGACAGGAUCACAAAGGUUUUCACAGUUCACCCUGAGUAUAGCAAACUAUAUAUGUAUACAAACUUUUACAGUGAUCCUUUCAAAGGAAAACUUCACUUAACCAUAAUUUUCCAGCUGCUGGUGACACCUCUUAAGAACUAAGGAGAUGAACAACGUCAGUAGGCUUCAUCCUCUAUGCAUCAAUAAUGGCAAUCCAUAUUAUAGUUGUUGAGCUUUGUUUUUAUUGAAAGCUUGUUUUUUUGGUAUUUUCAGAAGAGGUUGUGUUCAGAGUUUGGGAAUUAAAUCAGCUAUAAGAAGCACUACUCUUUAAUCUUCUUUUUUUCCUGACCAUAUUCUCUAUCAGCGAUUCUGACCCUCAGUUGAGGGAAUACGUUAUGUCUGCAAACCUGUUGAUCUGUACGUUCAUAAUGCUACUGAAUAAAGCUGUACGCUUACUGCAGCAAAAACUGUGUGCCUU